AUGAGCGAAAAAUUAGUAGCAAAUGAGCUACUAGCGUUUCUACAACAGAAGCUGGAUGUCAUGGACGAGGUGUCUGCUAUCCAGAUCUGUUCAUCGAAUUUCAGCGAGGAUGACAUCGCUGCGUCUAAGCUGCUUGUGUUCAAGUUGCUGAACAAGAGCGACCAGAUGGUGUCCCGUAGGCGUGACGGGACAAAGAAGAGUCUGCAAGAUGUAAUCACGCUGCUGAAGGAGACCGAUCCCGACGAUGUGCCGACGUUUGUGGCAAAGGACUUAAACAAGUUACCUCCUGUCACCUUCGACCACGUCGACGUAACGUGCCUUUUGAAGGACAUCGUCUCCCUAAAGGCAAGUCUUGCAGAUGUGCACAGGAAGUUGGAGGCAUCCCAGAAAGAUGUCACAGAUUUGCGCAAGGAAGUCGUUGAAUUGCGCACUUCUGUGAAUAAAACUGGGUCACCGGCGCGUGUAAGCAACGUAAACACGCGUCGAGGUGCAUGCCUACUCGACACAUCGGCUACGAGCUUCGCGUCAGCAGUUUUAUCUUCGUCGUCGCCGACAGCCGAGUCAGCAAAGGGCGCUGACCGCAUGCCCCAGCCCCCGGCCCCCGCAAUCAUGCCUCAUCCACGUAGCGCCACGCAAACUGCACGACCAAAUAAACAGCUGGUCAGCGUUUGCGCCUCCGCUGUUCCCCUACACAAUCUGGUCCCACAACCGAGGAACCGGGCGGACGAAGACGGUUUCGUAACGGUGCUGAAAAGGAAGCACCGGAAACGAACUAAUCAGAACUGCUGCGGCAAGGCUCCUGUUGAGCCCCAAACAAGGGUGAGAGCUGCGCAGCCGAAUACUCCGGUGUACAUAUCUCGCCUACACUACAGCAUCCGAGCGGAGGACAUCGCCGACUACGUGCGCCAAAAGGUGCAGUACGCGCCGAGAGUGCAGCUGCUGGAGUUGCGCCGGAACGUCAAUUUCAAGGCGUUCGUGGUGCGCGUCCCUAACUGCUUCCUGCACCUCGUCAUGGACGAUAACUUUUGGCCGCAAGGAGUGGUUUUCCGUCGCUUCCGCGGACAAAUCCCGACCGAACGCACAAACACCUAG